ACCCAACCCUAAAACAACCCAAAACUUAAAACGGGUCGGGUUGAUAGAGACCUACCGGACGAAUCUCUUCGCAUUUCAAACUCCAUUGCGACACCAUCAAAGCAACACCGCAAUGCCUCUGCAACGAUGCGCAGUUCAAAGUUUGCAGUGUCUCUGCUUAUAGCACGUGCCAAGUCCCUUCAACUUCAUCACCUCACGUGUCACUGCGUCGCUUCUUCUUCUCCAACUUCAACGCCACUCUUCAAGGUUUUCCCUUCUUCCAUACGAAAUGCGAAUGCCGUCGCCACCACGCGCCUCUUCUCCAGCUACUAUUCCCUCGAACAGUUUUCCGAUGAUGAAUACGACGGUGACUUUGAGAACCAGCAGGUAUCGUCUACGGUGGCCAAUGUAGACGAGUGGAAAUGGAAACUCAGCAUGCUGUUACGCAGCGAAAAGGACCAGGAGAUUGUAUCAAGAGAUAAAAAAGAUAGGAGGGACUAUGAACAGAUAGCUAACCUUGCCAAAAGAAUGGGGCUAUACAGUGAGUUGUUUGGAAAAGUGGUCGUUGCAAGCAAGGUACCUCUUCCCAACUACCGUCCAGAUUUGGAUGACAAACGUCCACAAAGAGAGGUGGUGAUUCCACUAAGCUUGCAAAGGAGGGUUGAGGGUUUGCUGCAGGAGUACCUUGAUAGACUUCAGUUAAAUUCUGCAAAGACAACUGACAGCCUGGAUGAUGGGAACUCCACCAAUCAAGUUAAAGAAAUAGACAUUGACGAAAAUGAUGAUUCUUUGGUGGAUGAAUCUGUCAUGGAAAAGGUUCUCCAAAAGAGGAGUUUGAGGAUGCGCAAUAUGCAAAGAGCUUGGCAGGAAUCACCUGAAGGCAGGAAAAUGUUGGAGUUCCGGAAGUCUCUACCAUCAUUUAUGGAAAAGCAAGGUUUACUUCAAGCUAUAGCACACAAUCAGGUGAUAGUUAUAUCUGGAGAGACUGGCUGUGGUAAAACCACUCAAAUUCCUCAAUAUGUAUUAGAAUCACAGAUAGAGUCUGGCCGUGGAGCAUUUUGUAACAUUAUUUGCACCCAGCCUCGAAGGAUAUCAGCCAUGGCAGUGUCGGAGAGAGUGUCAGCCGAGCGUGGAGAGCCUCUUGGUGAAACAGUGGGCUUCAAAGUUCGAUUAGAAGGAAUGAAAGGGAAAAACACCCAUCUUCUAUUUUGCACCAGUGGUAUAUUACUUAGAAGGUUGCUGAGUGAUCGUAAUCUGAAUGGUAUAACCCAUGUUUUUGUCGAUGAAAUUCAUGAAAGAGGCAUGAAUGAAGACUUCUUAUUGAUUGUGCUAAAGGAUCUGCUUCCACGGCGUAGGGAUUUAAGGUUGGUUUUAAUGAGUGCCACCUUGAAUGCUGAGCUGUUUUCAAAUUAUUUUGGAGGUGCUCCUACAUUUCGGAUUCCGGGUUUCACCUAUCCUGUUAGAGCUCACUUUUUAGAAGAUGUGUUGGAAAUGACUGGAUACAAGUUGACUUCCUUCAACCAAAUUGAUGAUUAUGGUCAAGAGAAACUGUGGAAAACACAAAAGCAAUUGGCACCACGGAAGAGGAAAAAUCAGAUCACUUCUCUUGUUGAGGAUGCUCUUUCAAAAUCAAGCUUUGAGAACUACAGCUCCAGGGCACGUGAUUCAGUGGCAUCUUGGGCACCUGACUGCAUAGGGUUCAAUCUCAUUGAGGCUGUUCUAUGCCAUAUAUGUCGUAAGGAACGUCCAGGUGCUGUCUUAGUGUUUAUGACCGGAUGGGAGGAUAUAAGUUCUCUAAGAGAUCAACUUAAAGCACAUCCUCUUUUAGGAGAUCCCAAUAGGAUUCUACUUCUAACAUGUCAUGGUUCAAUGGCAACUUCAGAACAGAAACUCAUAUUUGAGAAACCACCUCCAAAUAUAAGGAAAGUAAUACUUGCUACAAAUAUGGCUGAGGCAAGUAUAACAAUCAAUGACAUAGUUUUUGUGGUCGAUUGUGGAAAAGCAAAAGAGACCACAUAUGAUGCUUUGAAUAACACACCUUGUCUUCUACCUUCUUGGAUAUCACAAGCAUCUGCACGUCAGGCAAGUAUCUACAUCUCUUGAGUAUUCACUGUUGUU